UCUGGAGGGAGGCGGAAGGAGGGUGAACACUGUUCUCAACAGUUAGCAGCAACAGAAACGUUAGCUGUAAAGGUUUGAAUAAAACAAACAAAAACACAGAAAACUGAACAUGCCUGCGGGGAAAAGUUUUAGAAGAAGGAAAGAAGAGUCUUCGGACGAAGAGGAAGCUGAAGAUGUAACCGCCGAAGUCAGAGCUAAACUGGAUGAAGCAAAAGAACUCCAAAGUCUGCGGAAGAGACAGAGUGGUGUGAGUUUGUCAGCGUUACUUGUUGGAGAGAAGCUACCACCAGAAGCGGAGAUCGAGUCUGAUCCGUUUAAGCUGAAGACGGGAGGCAUCGUGGACAUGAAGAAAGUGAAAGACAGAAACAGAGAUAGAACAGAGGAUGAAAAUGACCUGAACCUGGGAACCUCCUUCUCUGCAGAGACAAACAGAAGAGAUGAAGAUGCAGAUAUGAUGAAGUACAUUGAAACAGAGCUCAAGAAAAAGAAGGGAUUAGUGGAGGCAGAGGAGCAGAAAGUGAAGGCAAAGAAUGCAGAGGACCUUUUGUACGAGCUGCCAGAGAACAUCCGCAUUAAUUCUGCCAAAAAGACUGAAGAGAUGUUGUCCAAUCAGAUGCUUAGUGGCAUCCCAGAGGUGGACCUGGGAAUCGAUGCAAAGAUAAAGAACAUCAUUAGUACAGAAGAGGCCAAAGCAAAGCUGAUUGCUGAACAGAGGAAUAAGAAAAAAGACAGUGGCACCUCUUUUGUUCCCACCAACAUCGCAGUGAACUACGUCCAGCAUAACCGCUUCUACCAUGAAGAUGCAAAUGCACCCCAGAGACGUCACAGAGAGGAGCCCAAAGCCAGACCACUGCGUGUUGGAGACACUGAGAAACCAGCACCAGAGAAAUCACCUCCCAACUAUCGCAAGAGACCAAACAACGAGAAGGCAACAGACGACUACCAUUAUGAGAAAUUCAAGAAGAUGAAUCGAAGAUAUUGAUUCUACAUUGCCAUUACAAAAGUCAACUCCAAUGCUGCACUUGGGUGACUGUCAGAUACUUCGGUUUUUACCAAACAAUCCACAAAAUGUGUGUUUUGGAGUUUGAAGAGAACUGGGACAGUAUGCAAGCAAAUGUGCUGGACCAGCUCAGCCAUAAAGAUCUGACAAAGAAUGGAGGCAAAACUUCUAGCUAAAUCUAAUAUUUGGACAAGCAAAUGCUACGUGCAUCACCGCUUGUGAUGCUGACUAUUUGCCAUGUGAAAAGGUGAUAGUGAGAUUUUACUCUUUUGUAAAUAUACAAUACCAACUUACAAGUUGUAACUACCAGUUCGCCGUGCCCUUUUUAAAAGCAUCAAUACCAAUUUUUCUGGACGUUCCCUUUAUACUAAGAAGAGCCUAAUUAAACAUUUACAAAUAAAGUAUUUUUCUUAUAAAAAGGGAAUUUCACAGAUUUUUCUACAUUUCUGCCUAAUUCAACCUUUAUGAUGUGUUAUGAGAGUGUUGUGAAACUGGGUCGCAAGUCUAGAACGCACAUAUAGCCAUUUUAUUUACUUUCCCAAAUAAAUAGUGAACCUACACAUGGCUUGUGUUUUUAUGCAGUCAGUUACAAAAGUUUGGGUAAAUCUGGGCAAAUUACACGAUCUUCUAAGGGAAAAUAAGUACACACCACUAAACAAUUUAAUGCAGUUAUUAUUUCCUGCACUUAAUAUAGUGAAGAAAAAAAACCUGGCCUGUACAAAAGUUAUGGCACACUUUACAUUUAAUAUUUUAUGUUAAACCCAUCAAACAAAGAAAUUGUGCUAUAAAUUUGUGCACAUCCUCCUGCCCACCACAACUUUGUGUUAUCCCUGCCCCUGAUCCAACUAAUAAACUCGUUAACAAUGAGUUGAAGUAGUUGGGUUACAGCAACCCCCAUGCAGGGCAGGGGUUAGUCCAGGAACAGGUUUGGGAACCUGUUGUAUAAUGUGUAGAGGAUGUGCUAAUUUAUUUUCAUUUAGAAAAAUCAACAAAAUGUAAUUUGACCAGAGUUGUUUAAACUUUUGCACACAACUGUAUGUAAUGUUGAUAAUCACGAAAAAGUGGUAAAUCUGAAAGAAAACAAUUUCUUUGUGUUCCAUCUUGUCUUAGAAUUCCCUGCAUGUACCUCUCUGCCAUUAAUGGCUUUAUAAAAUUCACUUCAGGUAAUUUCUCAAAACAAUCACAAAUAUUGUCUCAGACAACACAUUUGUGACUAUGUAAUGACUUGAGAUAGCUGGGUAUGUGAGGAAGCUUUUAGAGUCAUUAAACACUUCAGACAUCUGGUUCGCACCACCGUUGUGAGCAAUUCUGAGUCGGCAAGUUUCUCUAGAAUGGAGCUUUUCACAUCAAACCACUCUAAAUGACUCUGCAUAAAUAAAAAAAAUAUGGAUUUUCCCUUCAAAACAUUUCUGUUGCUUGCUUAAUGCUGCAUACUGUACCUGUAAAUGCUGGUGUUAUGUUACUUUUGUCCUACUUGUUUUCUCCAUACUGGUAGGUGAUGUAUAUAAUUUAACAUCUUAGUUUAUUGGUAUGGACUGGUUUUUACAAUAAAUUUGCUCCCUGAUUCAAAUUGUAA